AAUUUUAAUCAGUUGCCCGUUCAAGUACUUCCAUCCACUCUUAAAGUUUGAUGCCACAGCCACAAGGAGACGCCACCGGAGCACCCUUUGUCCGCCAGUUACACCCGGAUGCCCUCGAGCCACUAUCACUGGCCGUCGGAAAACCGCAAAUUGCACGUUGCCCUGGCCAAGGAUAUGCCGCAGCAAGUUCUGGCGAAUUUUGAUGUUUUUGCCAGAUUGAUGAACAUACCCAAAAACAAGGUUUCGAGUGGAAGGAGCCGGAGCCGGAGCAGCAGCACCACCAUGAGAAGGGAGCUGAUGGCCAGGACAAGGACAAGCCACAAGGCGUCGCUGGAGGAAAACAGGAACCCAACUCCCGUUCGUUGUUGCUUCAUUUUGUGUGCCCCUGUUGAAAAACAAAUAACAAUAAUUAUCUUGACAACAAUUUCCGGUAUUUGUGCUCAAGUCGAGCGCAACAAAAGGCAAAAUGAAACUCAACUCAACUUCAGAGACGUGCCAAAGGAUCCAAAGGAGCCAGGACGAGCGCUGGAGGGGCACAGGUUUGAAUAUUCUGCCGCACCCCUUGAUUGCGGUAGAGUGGCAAUACUGGAAGUGGGAGUGGAACUCGAAAUGAGAUUCGCAAUGGGCCUGGCCAUGGAAGUGGGUGGCAUUGUGUGGUUGGGCGACUUGUAA